UAGCAGUCGGUUGAAAUAUAAACAGCUUUGCUCUGAUCAAGCUACCAGUGUGUUUUGAUCUUUCUGACUGUACAGACAGUAUAUCGUCUUAUUCAUUUACUUGCCGGCUGUACUAAGAUACAUCGUUGUAUCUGUGUAGAGAAAAUGCCUUGCUUGGAUUUGGCUUAUUGUGAAAUGGAACUGAUAAAAAACGUAUUUGAUGGCAAAAUUCCACAAAUUCCUAUGGUAGCACAGCUAAAAAAUGGACGGUCAAUAAUUGUUAACUACAUGACGGAAAACCAAAUAUCCGAAACCUACUGCAUGAUUCAAGAGGCAGCACAAUGUGGCGAAGGCUAUGGCAUAGAUGAAUUUGAAUCGGAAGAAGAGUUUCGAAUGGAAAUCAAAGACAGUGACUGCUUUGCAAUCACCUGUAAAGAAUCGGGACUCCUUUUGGCUGGAUUUAUUAUUGCAGUUAGCAAAUUUUACAGAGGACACGGUGCUAUGGCAGACCCAUUUGUAAUUGUUAAGCGGACCGAAAGGAAACAAUACCUUGGAGAAUUUGCUCUGAGUACAGCUGUCAAAUUUGCAACUUGUCUGGGAUAUUUUGGGAUGUACACUGAUACGUUUUCAACUAACAAAGGCAUGCUGAGGAUUGUUGAAAAGAUCGGGGGAUUCCAGAAAGUCGGUAUUCUUCCGGUUGGCGGGAAAUUACAAAAUGGACAGAUAGUGAGUUCUAUAAUAUUUAUAAAAUAUUUGAAACCUAUCGAAGGAAGCUGAUGAAAAUAAACAUCUUUUUAGGACUUCAUCCCACGAAGUUUGAAAAAUCUAACGUCUUCAGACAUUAUCAAGCGUGAAACACGUGACAUGGCUAAAACGGACAAUGCGGUAAAAUCAAAUACAUGCAACAUUUGUAUGACGUAACAAUUAGACAUUUGAACAUUUA